AUGUUCAUAAACACAGAGGCCUUCGCCCCAACCACCGAUAAAUCAGACAUCUCCACCCUCCUCCCAGCAUCUUUCCGCGACGAUGAUCUGUCACUGCUCGCCCCGCUAAGCGACACCUCCAAAUUCCUCCACCUGGACCUCUCUGUCCAGCGCCUCAAUGACAUCCAAGAAUACCUCUGGCUAGCUGGGCGGCCCAUGCCGCCCAGACCCCUAAACUACCAAAUAUCCGUCUCGCGCACGAUAAUUGUCGACGAGAAAAUCGACAUGCACCUAGUCUGGGGGCCCGGGCGACGCAUCCACAUCAAACCCUUACCGCAAUACCUCCUCGACUCACGGUUCUGGGCCGCAAACCUAACCUGCAGCUGCUCCAGCAAUUUGGAAAGCGACAAAACUCCAACACCAGACUCGGCGAAUAUCAGCCCCUCCAGCUCAAACACAGACCCAGACACCUGUUCCCGCUGCGAUCUGUCCAAGUCCGCCCUGGGCUUCUUGACAUCCUAUAUAGCCCUGAUCCAGUAUCCCAGCGACUUCAUCAUCGCACAAGAAUACAACCUACUCCCAGCAGAGCUGACAUGGCCGCAGUGGCGGGCUCUCGUGCAGAACCUGCUGGAUGACGAUGUCAUGAACCCGGACAGGAUCAACAGACGGUAUAAAUAUGGUGAACUGCGUCUGUCACGGUUGAAUAAAAUCUAUGCUUUCCACCUUGGCAGUCUCUUUCGUGGCUACCGCGCCAAGUAUCAGACUUACCAGGAGCUCUUACAUACGUAUCUGGCGCCUAUCACGGCGAUGACGGUAUACUUUGCGCUCGUGUUGACGGCCAUGCAGGUGGGCCUUGCGACGGAGCAGUUGGCUGGGAGUCAGGCGUUUCAGAGGGCUUCGUAUGGAUUUACGGUAUUGUCGAUUCUGGGGCCGUUGGCGCUUGUUUUUCUGGUGCUGGUGGUUGCUGCGGCGCAUUUUGCAGCGAAUGCGUUGGCUACGCUUGUUUUUAGGAGGCAGAGAUCUGGGUUCUUUAGGAGGAUGGCUGGGAGGGCAUGA